AUUUCGCUCUCCCACACACACACUAAGGUAGUUUUGGCGCUUUCUUCACGCACACUACUUUAUACAGAGAUCCGUGUAUACACGUGCAUGUUUAUCUCUCUCGCGCAUUCGUGUCUUCAUACACAGCGCCAACUUUGAGCGAAAUGCAAAAAAAAGCAAACUGUCAAAAACGCCUUUCUUGAGGCAUACAAAUACAAGUGAAUUAACCACCGUUGCUGUCGGGCGGCCACGUGAAGAAUUUUCCGUUUAGUAGCCGUGUGUAUAAGCCAAUUGGUGCAAAUUGCUGAAAUCCAUUAAAAUAGAUAUAUAAUACAUAAAUAUGUGAUUUGUUAACAAGAAAUUAGUGAAUUUAAUACUAAAAAUUGUUAUUAUUGCCGCUAUGUAAAUGCAUUGUGAGGUUAAAAUCGUAAAAGCGGGCGCGGAAGAUUAGCACAAAAGCAAAAACACAAGCGAGCACGUUGUCGAUUUGGCAGCGCGUGAAAUAUAUAUUUUGAAUUUCAGUUAUUAAAAAUUACACAAAUAAAGAUAAUACUAACCGAGAGAGUUUAAGAAUAAAGUAGAACACAAACAGAGCUCAGACUAAGUGGAUGUAAAGUUUGCGCCAAAAUGGAUUCACGGCUUUUGAACGUAUUUCACGAUGAUCCGUUCGACGGCAGUUACACACAGCUCAAUACAGACUAUUGGUCCAGUGAAAGCAACACAAUGGGCCAACUUACAGAGACAUUAAAUGGUAUUUUACCCAUAGCUCCAGAUGCAGAGCACGAUACCGACAUUUAUAGUAAUGCCAUGCUUGCUACAGAAGACAAUUUUCGGAUAGCAAAUAAAAUAGAUGCUGCAACGAAUUUGCAAAGUAAAGAAGUGCUGUUUUAUGAUGAAUACGUUGAACAUCAAACGCCUACAGAUGGAGGUAUCGAAAUCAUAACUAUAGAUCCCAAUUCAUUGGACUCUGAUUCAGAUGAUGAUGAUGAUGAUGAUGAUGGUGAAGAUACCGAUGAUAUGAAUGAGGGCGAUAGUAAUGGUGUUGCAGACGAUCAUGAAAUUAAUGGCAUGAACUAUGUCGAUUUUGAUGAUAAUGAAAGCCAAUAUAGCGAUGCCACAUUUCGUACGCGCACUGACAGUUCAUCUAUUGGUGAUUAUGAGUCACAUACAAGUGACUACGAUGAUAGUUCUGAUGAGGAAGAAAUUGUGGAUAAUGUCGGUAAUAAUCAGUUUGUUAAUAUGAAUUUGGAAGCAAGGACAGAUGAACUGUUGUUGGACGCUGAUGAAUUACCCGAUUUAACAUCAGGUUUGUUAAGUGCUGAUGGUAUCGAUUUAAAUGCAAGUUUUCAGUUGCAUUUAGAUGAUAUUGCGGCGACGAAUAGUAAAAAUCGUACAUUAAGUACAAACACCAUUGGAUUAGAUGUAGACGUAAAUAAUUUCGAUUUAGCGGAAUUUAUAACUAAUGACGAUUUAACACUUAACGUUCCUAAAGAGGAUAUACAAACUACUGGUAUAGAAAAACCCGAGACAGUUGCAGUCGCAAAAUCAAUAACAAUACCUAAAACAAGUAAUAUCGACUCGGAUUCUGAUGCCGAUUCAGAUGUUAUAGUUGAUAUUGAGACAGUAGAUGCAGAUAUGGAUAAAUCUUUGUGGAAAAUGGCAUCCGCAACAGCCGAAAGAUCUAAUGACAACGUUGUUAACGAUGUUGCGUAUGAAGAUAAUGUGAAGAAAGAUCCCUCCUGGAGUCCGAAACCGGCAAAGAAGCAGGACCCUGCAUUAAAAGAGACAAAAACACGUCCAUCUACAGCACAACCGACAACAAGCCACAAUAUUACAAAUACGCAGAACACACGGAAUUUCACAAUUAUUCCAAACAAACGCCAAUGUGACAUUCUGAAGGGCAAAUCGAGUACGAAUAAAAUAAAAUUAUCUUCGAAACAAACACAAGGAAAAGUCACAACAAAGAAAAGUCCCGAGACCACAGCCGGAAAUGCACUGAAGCCAGGUGCAUUAACAUGCAGAGUAGGUGUAGGACAGGGAGGUAAAAAUUUGGCCCUGAUAUCGCAAAGUAUUUCAACAAAAGAUACAAAGACUCAAAACGGUCAAAAUUCGGAAACAGAUGAUGGAACACCAAAGAAGCUACAGCCCAUCAUGCUGGAAAAAGCCGUUGUACAAAAAGAACUGGAAGAACCGAAGAAAAAGGAUGAAAUUGUGAACCAAGCCAAACAAGCAGUUAAACGUAAAUUAAACUUAGAAGAAUAUAAGCGUAGACGUGGUGAUAAUAAUACCUCUACUCAAGCAGAGGAUGUUAAGGAGUCAACAGAAGCUCAGCAUAUAAAUAAAACCUUAACGCAGAGUGCACAUGUAAAGCAUAGCCAGGAGGUGACUUCAGUUGUGAAUAACCUAAGAAAUCAAAGAAAUCAAGCAAUUCAAAAACAACCCAUUGAUCCCAUAACCGAAGCUAAAAAUAAGGUGUUGCGAAUGCAAGAAUUGAAACGUGCACAGCAAUUGAAAAUAAUUGAUUCCACAAUAUCGGCGAAAGUGCCACGUGUGACUAGACUACCGCCGCUUAAGGAUAUUGUGAAGGACACCUACAAUGUGGAUAAGUACCAGCAUAAUCAAUCAUCUACCAAAUUACAUCCAGAUUAUGAGGAAGUUAUAAUCGUUUCGGCUGGUAAUAACACUGAUAUUAGUAUACCACCGCUUAAUAUAAUACCAAGUAAUACUUGUGAACGUUCACUUUUAAAAUCUUCCGCCUUACUAUAUAAAAUGUCUAAUACGAUAAAUUCGAGUAAUUCUCUAAUAGCCAGUAUACAAGAUGUUGUCGUGCAAAAAGUUAUUGUACCCGACAAAUCCAUCCUAACAAAUGUUGUGACAAAACCGGUUACUGGCAAAACACAAAAACGCGCUGAACAACAUGGUGAAGAUAAGGUUAUUAUGCAUUUACGUAAGGAUAGAAUACGACCGCGUACGGUUAGCAUUGCCAUACAAACUGAGCUGCAACCUGGUUUUACACUUUUACCUAAAAUACCAAUAAAACCGCAUGCAGAGCGAAAUUACCGCAAACAGAAUGGUAGCAAAUCUGCUAAAGACGAUUCGGAUAGCGAGGCUUCGUGUGAGCGCAGUCGUCAAACCAAACGAAGUCGUUCACCAGGUAAUCGUUCGCGUAGUCGUUCAGCUGAUAGCUUUGCCUCGUCAACAGAAGUCGCCAGCAGCGUACGCCAGUCUGAUGUUGCCGGUGGUUAUUCAUCUCGGAGCAGCCGCCGCCAUCGCAGUUCUAUUAGUUCUUCAUACUCGGAGUCUGGGCGCCUAUCGCGCAAUGCACAACGUCAAUCGCGGACUAGCUACAAGAAACGCACGAAAAAAUAUGCUCGCAAUUCGUCGGCCUCCUCAUCGUCAUCCUCCGAUUGUGAUUUUUCCGAUCGUAGCAGAAAUCGUAGUCGCAGUCGUAGUCGUAGCUGCAGCCCAUAUUAUAAGCGUACAUAUUCAAGAUCACCUUCGCGCUCACGUUCCAUUUCGCAUACGAAUAACCGCUUUAGAAGGCCAGGUGUAAACAAAAAUAAUAUUUCACAACCAGCUGUUGAGGAACGUCGUAUAGUUUACGUGGGACGUAUAGAGGAGGAAACUACCAAAGAGAUGCUGAAAAGAAAGUUUUUGCCCUAUGGCAACAUCAAACAAAUAUCUAUACACUAUAAAGAUACAGGCAUGAAAUAUGGCUUUGUUACUUACGAGCGUUCACAGGAUGCUUUUACGGUAAUCGAUAGUAGUGCACGUGAUCCCACAAUUAAUAUGUACGACAUUAGUUUUGGCGGUAGACGAGCUUUCUGUCGUUCUUCCUACGCUGAUUUAGAUAAUGCUGGCAUUAAUACAUAUCAUUCGAUUGUAUUUCCUAAAGUCGAAGCACCACCCAAAGAGGAGGAUUCCUUUGAAGCAUUAUUGCAAAAAAUGAAAGCGAAAAUGAAUGCUAAAAAAUCAGCCGCAGGAGCUAGUUCAAGCAAUGCAUGACGUCCGCAAAGGCAAACAAACGCAAUAAUAUGUGGUCAUCUUUUAUUUAUAAGAUGCUGCGUUUUUAUAUAAAUUAUUGGAAUACGUAGUUGAUUUUCUUUGUAUGUGCUUGUUGUAUACAAUAAUUCCAAAUUGAACUAACAUUUAAAGUAUGCAGCAAUAUAACCCAACUUUAUUUUUCUAUACUUUUAGAUUAAAAUAAGUUAAGUUUAGUUUGUAUAUUCUUUUUUUUUUUUGUAAUGAAUUGCUAAAUGUAUAAAAAUGUUCAUGAGAAUAUCCUUGCUUGAAUGAUAUGAUUUCAGCAAAGUACUGAUUAUUACUUUUAGCUACAAUGACAUAAGAGUAAAAUGUAGAAAUCGCAUGAGAUGCAUUAUUGGACUGAAAGAAAAGAUGAGUUGAGAGUAUGUUAAUAUCCAAAACAACAAACAAUUGCACAGGAAUAUGACUUGCAGCGUUCAUUAUUUAAUUAUUUAAUGUGUAUUGUUAGCUAAAAAGGAAUGUGAUAAUAGAAGCCACAGUCAUUUAUUGCAAAUAAGUUGAACUGCUUUAUAUUAUAAUAUAAACAAACUAAAUAACUACAUAAGUUACAUAGUUAAACAUAAGUACAUACGUGUACGAAAACAUAUGAUUUAAUGAAUUUAAUUGACGUACAUACGUCAAAGACCAUAAUUAAAUCCGACAUUGACACAAACAUAUACAUAACAUAUACAUAAAUAUCAAUAGCAACAAUAUAUAAUAGUUAACUACUCUAUAAAUUUUGUAAAUUUUGUACAUUUGUAAAAAAAAAAACAACAACACUGAAGAAAGAAAUAAAUAAACAUGCAAUUAACUGCUAAUGCCCCGCAAACAAAAGAUGUUCGUCAUUCAAACUAUUUACAAACGUACAAAUGUAUGAAAUGAAACAAAAAUGAAAUUAAACUGUUGAUAUAAAACCCUGAUAUUAGUUGUAAUAGUAUGCACUUUUUAAAUAUCUUCAAAACAAAUUUCUAUCUACCUGCUUGUAUUCUAAUAAAAGCUAAGUCAAUAAUUUCUUAAUAUUUUCAUUAGUUAAAGAUUUUGAGUGUAAACUUAAGCGCCUAAGUUAACACCCAUUACUGCAGCAGCAACAAUGAUAAAAAUAAAUAUGUUGAAAAAUAAAAUUAAAUGAGUUUUUGUUCAUUUUUUUUUGUUUAAUUUAAUAAACUGUUAUUGCUUGACGAAUAUAUGCUAUUAGCUCUCAGUUCUAUUGUAUUAGUAUGUAUUUUGUAAAAGCUACAUAAAAUAAUUGAUUGUUAAAGCUGCUGCAAAUUUAAAUAAAAUAUAUUGUAUUCUAAAUAUGCUGAAAUGUGGCUGUACCCUAAUGCUAAAUAGAUUCUUCUAUAUAUUUGUUUUACUUUAAGAAGCCACCUCGGCGCACAUCUUUCGCAAGCCAUCAAACCCUUAUAUGCGUACAUAUACAUAAAUAUGUAUACAAAUAACAAUAGAAUGUGCUGCUUUUUCAUAAAAUUGUUGCCUUAAGUUGAAUAUCAAACUCAAUAUAUUUAUUCUAAUACUUUAGUUAUGCUCUUUUUUUUUUAAAUGCCAACCUCGUAAAUAUAAGUUUAUGCGUUUGUUUUGUACUUUUUUUUUACUAUCAUAAAUAAAUUACAAACAAUAACUUCUGGAAAAA